GGUGAAUUAAUUAUGACAUCUCUAAGUCGGUAACGUGAAGCCACAUUUGAGAAUACAACUUCUCAACGAGCGUUAUAUCCUGUUCUGCGUACAAUACUACAAUAAACUAUUAAAAUAAAUGAAUAAACUCUAAAAGUAAAAAUAAGUAGGAGGGAAGAAUGCGCGCCAUCGCUUGGUUACGUGAUAACAAAGGGACGGUGUUUUUGGGGAUAUGUACGUUGUCACUACUGACGUCCACUGUGGUGUUAGCAUUUCGUAACACACAGCUUGUCAAAUGUGAUCAUCAGGCCACCGACUCUAAUAUUAAAAGUCUGAAGGGAGAUGAAGCCAGUCACGCAAAGAGCAUAAACUAUCGACUGCCAAGAAACGUGGUACCAAAGAACUAUAAACUAAUGCUGCAGCCUGACUUUCAUAACAAAACCUUUAAAGGCACUGUCAUAAUCACCAUAGACGUAAUUCAAACGACUAAUCAGAUAGUGCUACAUUCCGAAAAUCUGGAGAUACAUUCAAUUUUCUUGUCAACUCCAGCUAACAAAAACAUUCCAGCAAUAUAUGAUUUUAGUGGUGAUGACAGGAACUUCUUAUAUGUAGAUUCACAACAAAUGAUAGAAAAAAGACAUCCUUGUACAUUGAGAAUUCAAUUUAAAGGGCGACUGGAUAAAAAUAUCGUCGGGUUUUACAAAAGUACUUUGAAAAAUGGCAGAACUAUGGUUGCCAGUAAGUUCCAGCCUACAUACACCCGUCAAGCGUUUCCCUGUUUUGAUGAGCCAGAAUACAAGGCUACUUUUGAUAUUUCUCUUUUGAAGCCACCAGGGUAUUUGGCACUCUCCAACAUGAAUGAAAUAUCAAAGAAUCUUGACACAGAGACCAACAUGGAAGUUGUUACAUUUGCAACAAGUGUACCCAUGUCAGCAUACCUAGUAUGUUUUGUUGUCUGUGAUUUUGAUCACAAGAAGACUGAAGUAAAUGCUAAUGGCAUUGGUAAAGACUUCACACUCAGAGCUUUUGCUCAAAAAGACCAAAUGCAUAAAAUUAAUUUUGCUUUGGACAUUGGUUUAAGAGCUACAGAGUAUUAUAUUAAAUAUUAUCAAGUUCCUUUCCCACUGCCUAAACUAGAUAUGAUAGCUAUUCCGGACUACCAGUCCGGGGCCACCGAACACUGGGGUCUGGUGACAUACAGGGAGACCUCGUUCUUGGUGGAUGAAGCGACAGCAUCAACUCGCAACAAGAUCAACGUAGCCAAUACCAUCGCUCACGAGCUGGCUCACAUGUGGUUCGGUAAUUUAGUGACAUUGAAAUGGUGGGAUGACCUCUGGCUGAAUGAAGGUUUUGCUACAUACAUGCAAAAUAAAGCUCUCAACGCCAUAGAACCAUCUUGGACCAUGUUGGACCAGUUUUUGACUAGAACUCUUCAUCCGGUUUUGGUAUUCGACGCCAAGCUCUCAAGUCAUCCUAUAGUUCAGACUGUGGAGACUCCUGAUCAAAUCACUGCCAUCUUUGACAGUAUUUCUUAUAAUAAAGGAGCAUCAAUUUUGAGGAUGUUAGAAGGAUUUAUCGGCGAAGAGAAUUUCCGUCAAGGCAUAUCGGAUUACUUGAAGAAAUAUAAAUUCGGUAACACUGUCACUCAAGACUUGCUCGAUCUAUUGGAACCGUACUUCAAGAAAAACAAUCCUGAUUUGAAACUUUCGUACAUCGUGGACACUUGGACAACGCAGAUGGGUUAUCCAGUGUUAACUGUAUCCAAAAGUGAUGAGCCGAAUAAGUUCAUCAUCACACAACAGCGGUUUCUGCUUGACCCCCAAGCUAAAUACAGCAACGAUUACCGGUGGUUUGUUCCAAUCACAUACAAGACCAACAAGGGAUCAAGUGAAAACAUUUUGUGGUUCCCUGAUAACGUCGAUAGUGUAACCCUCACUCUGAAGGAAGACGAGACCUGGCUCAAAAUAAACAACAAUCAAGUCGGUUACUACAGAGUUAAUUACCCAUACGAGAUGUGGGAUGAACUGAUCAAAGAAUUACAAUCUGGCAGUAAAAAGCUCACGAUCUCAGACCGCGCGCAUCUUCUGAACGAGAUAUUCGCCCUAGCUGACGCCAGUCGCGUGCCAUAUCGUAUGGCAUUGAACCUUACUACGUACUUGACUACGGAGAGGGACUACGUACCUUGGUCUGCUGCCGUCUCUGUCUUGCAUACGUUGAAGAGUAGACUCCUGGAUACUACUGCUUUUGGGGAUCUGCUGAAAUAUGUCCAAAAAUUGGUGAAGCCAUUAUAUGAAAAGCAAACUUGGGAAAGAACUAACAUUGGAGUGACUGACAGGCUCCUUCGGGUGACCGUGAUGUCGCUGGCAGCGUCCUUCCAGCUGCCAGAAGCCGAGGCGAAGAUACGGGAGUUGUUCCUGCAGUGGUUGGAGAACAAGGGCACUCCUAAAGCUACCGAGUUCGAACCUGACCUCAGAGAAAUCAUAUAUGCGUACGGAAUGAAGACAGCCAACAUGGCAGAGUGGGAUAAGCUCUGGCAGAUCUACUUGAAGGAGGAAGACGCACAGGAACAAUCUAAGUUACGAAUUGCGUUGGCAGCGCCUCGUGACACCACCUUACUACGCAAAUAUCUGACGCUAGCAUGGGACGAGAAAUACAUCCGCGGCCAGGACUACCUCACAGUGAUUCAGCAGAUCUCGGCAAAUCCUUCAGGCACGGCGAUAGUGUGGGAUGAAGUUCGCUCGCGCUGGCCCGAGUUUGUAGCUCGCUUCACACUAAACAGCCGUUAUUUGGGCAACAUGGUGCCUGGGGUGACUUCGAUGUUCAGCACCGAAAUCAAACUUAAGGAGAUGAAUGCAUUCUUCGCGGAGCACCCUGAUGCGGGCGCGGGCGAGGCGGCGAGACGGCGCGCGCUCGAGACAGUACGUGACAACAUUCGCUGGAACGAACACUAUCUAGCCCCUGUCACCGACUGGCUGCAAGCGCAGAGCCAAUAAAAUGCCACUAAACAUGUUUCAACGGGGACUGCCCGGGUACACGCGACGCGAAGUAUAUUAGAUAGCAUUUGCCGUGCCCAUUGGUGAAAACGCGAUAGCGCAACCCGUGCCGCGGUGUUUGGGUUAUGUGAUAUGUGACAUCGUACCAUAGAGCAAAAAGCGAUGUGAUGAAUAGAUUAUGUAUAAAUAGUUAAUUUGUUUUGAUUUCUCCAUCAAUACGUCUUCUUGCAAGAGUUAAAUAACUCUAAUGUUUUGAAAUACUUACCUAUACUCUAGCGGAUUCUGAUUGAGUUAACAAACUGAUAUUUUUGAGAUGAUUUCUCUCUCUUUUACAAUAAAAAACGUAAGUCACGUAACUCUUAGCUGCGGGAGUAAUUACUCAAUACCUACCUGCAUUAGGAGUAUCUACGACAAGUGACACCCUGGAAGAAAUAUUGCAUUUCUUUUAUUCAAAUUGAUUUAAUCUUUGUUUUUAUAUUACUUAGUACUUAAUAAUUAGAUAGGAACCUGUUUAUAUACCUAACAAACAUGUAAAGAUUUUUUUGCAAUGCAGAUUCUCACGCAUGUUACAUCAUUGCGUUUAAAAGUUGCGUUUAUCAGCAUUUCCCUACUGCAUAGAGGGAUUUCUCAGUUUGUCCUUAACCAGGUACAAAUAAGGCAACUUUAUCACUAAAAAGUUUUUAUUAAAAAUUAAAUAUAUUUUUUAUUCA